GCUGUUUACUUCCCGAGAGCGAGGGGGUUGUGGCUCAAUCGCUCGGUGUUCUUCCAUCGGAGAGGAUGGCUCUGGAGACGGUGCCGAAAGACCUGCGGCAUCUGCGGGCUUGUUUGCUCUGUUCGCUGGUUAAGACUAUAGACCAGUUUGAAUAUGACGGUUGUGACAACUGUGAUGCAUACCUUCAGAUGAAGGGUAACCGAGAAAUGGUAUACGACUGCACCAGCUCUUCCUUUGAUGGAAUCAUUGCAAUGAUGAGUCCAGAGGACAGCUGGGUCUCCAAGUGGCAGCGAGUCAGUAACUUUAAGCCAGGUGUAUAUGCGGUGUCGGUCACUGGUCGCCUGCCCCAAGGAAUCGUGCGGGAGCUGAAAAGUCGAGGAGUGGCCUACAAAUCCAGAGACACAGCUAUAAAGACGUAGCAAGAUGCAUGGCCGCCAGCGUCUUUGCUCCCCAUCUCCUGCCUCUGCUUGUUUUUUGUUGUGGAGCUAAAUGGGCAGAGCUUCAGCUGCUUCCCACCUUCCAGUUCUGAGACUCAGCAGACUGUGUUGAGGGAGCGGCACAGCGUGUCCCUGGGCCAUUUUACCUUCUUUGGACUACUGGUCGGGGUGGGAGGGGUUUGAAUGGGUGCAUUAACAGAGACUGAAUUGGUUGGGGAGUAGGAUGCUGGUUUUCCUACACACGGCCCUGGGCUGUGCCAUUGCCCGUGGGCAGGACUCUGGGUCAAAUGCCAAUAAACAUGAACCCCUGGGAAAGUUCUUAAGCCCA